AUGGGGUUCGUCUUCUCGAAGGCCAUGAACGACAGCCUGAAAGGGCAGCAGGAGUUUAUGCGGCUCCAGCUGGAAAGGCAACUGGCACUGCAGAACCUGAUGAGAGAGAGACAAAUAGCUAUGCAGAUUGCUUGGACAUCAGAAUUUCUCAAAUAUUUUGGGACAUUUUUUACACUUACUGCUGUAAUUUUAACAACUGGAGCAAUAAAAAGGAAGAACCCAGCAGUUUUACUGCCAAUACUCCCCUUAUGCUUUGUAUUUUCCUAUCAGUAUGAUAUGGACUAUGGGACACUGUUGCAAAGGAUUAAAGGUGAAGCAGAGAACAUACUUGACACACAGAGCACUUUGCUGGAAUUGACUAAAGGACCUUUCACUUUUAAAGAUUUGUAGAAAAUCAGAGUAUCUCAGAGCAGUUUCUUCAUAGAAAAAUAGGAAGAUGGUAUUAAAGCUACGUAUCUGAAAUGUGAUUAUAAUACUGCAUUUUAACAUAAUAAUUAAAAAUUUGAUAAGAUUACAAGGUCUUAUAAAAUCAAAAUUUAAUGGAUUUUUAAAAAUUAGUACUUUCUAAAGCAAUUGGUUUCAUAUUGUAUGUAUCUCAUAAAAAUAAUCAUUAUUCUGUAGUAUAUUUUCGUUGUUUAUAAUGAAAUAUUGAAUUUGCACUGUCUAUUCAGAGUCUGAAAAUAACUUUCACCUGUAGUAAAAAAGUCUGGUACUGACCAAACUCAGUAUAACCAAAAAAGAUAUGGCAUUUGGUAGUUACAAGUUUGUAUAAAUAUAUAAAUAAAUAUAUACAAUUUUCAAAUGUAUUUCAGGAUACACAGCUCAAUUUGAAGUCAGGAGCAGGCAGUCAAUUUCUUUGAAAAAUAAGACUCUUUUGAUUUGCUGUUCUUUAGGCAGUGAACUCACCAUCUCUGCUUCAAGUUCUGGAAUAAACAGCUUUUAUCAGAAGUAGGUUCAGAAGUAAACACAUAACUUGCUAACUGUGUGUUUUACUGUUAGGGAAAACUGUGUUAAGUAUGAGCAGAGAUAGCUUCUGAAAAAGAGGAAACAAAUUAUGUAGCUAUUUCCUGAAUCUUUUUCAUGCUUGUUCGAUAUUCUGAAACUCAGGAUAAUUUGUUUUUUAAUAAUUGAAAUCAGAGUUUCACUACUAAGAUGAAUAUUAACUUAGACUAACAGCAAACAAAAUUAUUAAUGUAUGUUUUUGUAAUGAGUAGAUCCAAGUGGCCUUACAAGUACUGAAAAACUGAGGGAUUUUUUGCAUGCCUUUAACAUGGUAUAUCCCGAGAAUAUAGUUUUAGUAUACUUUAAUGUUCUGAUGUCACACUUGGAGAAAUUGUUUCUGUGCUGGAAAUCUUGUUUAGAAACAGAUUAUUUUGUGUUUUGGAUGGAAAGCAUUAAUCUCACUGUGGAAUGAAAAACAAAUGCUCAAAAAGCAUUCAAAAAUUAAUUAUGCCAAAGUCUAUGCUGACAAUUUGUUGACUUAAAAAUUAAAUUCCAGCUGGAGAUAAUGCCCCAAAUACGAUUUUGAAGACUACUUAACUAAACUUAGAAUAUUGCUACAAUAAGAUAGGCAAAUAUACAAUGAUACAAAAGCUCUGUCCAGAAGAAAUUAAUAGCACAGUUUCCACAGUUUGACUUCUGAAAGUGCAUUGACUUCUGCAUUCAGUCACUUCUGUAAUUGGUUCUGUCCCUUGCGUGUUAACAAUGCAUACAGUCUGUAACUGAUCUCAAAUGUGAUGUGUUUUACUGGUCAAUGUAAUAAAAUGAACACAAGUUCUCCACUUUCUUGUUUUGCUUUGAAUAACAGUGCAUUUGCUAUGUUUCCUCCAAUUUCUGAAGUCCACCUUCCUUUAAUUUUGAAAAAGGCUUGUAUGCUUUGGUCAUCUGUCAGCUAUUGAUACUCUUUCUUCCAAAAAAGAAAAACAAUUGAACCAUCCUUUUUGGGUAUUUAUAUGUCUCCAUCCGUGCCUUUAAGCCCACAUUUUAAUACUGUGAAAGGCAUUUUCUCAAGAGAACAGUUUUAAUAGACCAUACAACAGUUUUUACUUAUAAAUCUUAGAAAAUUAGGAAAUACCCUAAUCGUAUCCACUCUGAAUUAAGAAUCAGUAUCUGUGUGCUUGUGACAGAUUCCUGACUAUGAUGUUUGAUCAAAAGCCAGUGUUAAAGGGAGCAAAAUUAUGGUCCAGGUAGCAGUGUUAGGGGAUAAUAGGGUACCUAUAUAUUAAUCCAUCCAAACUAAAUUUGAUUUUUUUUCUCCUGAAAUUUGAACUUAGAUCAAUACUGUUUGCAAGACUCCACACUAAAAUGUGACAGAAAUUGAGUAAGUUUCAUCUAGUAUUACACAGUAUCAGUGAAAUGUACCACAUUUAUUAAGGAAAAGGCUCUAAGCAAGAUGGUCUAACUCAGAAAUAGAGUUAGAUGGGCUAUAUAGAAUGUGCCAAAAAUCAUCAAGGAGUUAAUGGUUAUUCACCUUUAUUGUCCUUAUUUUUUACUGUUUUCCUUGCCUUUGUUUUUUGAAAAAUGCAUGGUUUUGUUUUGAAGAUGCUUGUUCUUUGUGGCAGAGUUAAUUAUUCUACUGCCAGUGUAUUAAUCAAAAUGCUUGCAUGUGCUGUCCACAGUCAUAUCUGUGACAUGGUGACAGAUACAGAAUAACUGAAUGGUGUAACUUCCUUCAGAGGACAGUGAAAGAAAGCAGGGGCUUAGCAGUGACAAGGUUUACUUUAGGGAAAUACAUGUUUAAGGCACAAGUUGCCCAUAUUCAUCAUAUUUGUUAUAGAUAUAAAGAAAGUGCCUAAAACAUCCUGCUCCUUUCUGUCAUUUGUGCUCAACUGGCCUCAGCUGUUAGACUUACUUCAAUAUAUCACAACAACUGUCUUUGUUUCCGUGAAUCACUGGGCAAAAAAAGGAGAGCAAUUCCAGGGGGAGCCUGUUCUGGCCUGAAGGCACUACUCUUACCACCUUAAUUCUGUUGGGUUUUUCUGGUUAUUAUGUCUGAUAGCCAUAUAUCAUGAAUCAGUAUCAUUUGGAGCAGGAUUGUUCUGGAAAAGGGAGAAGUCAGUCAUGAUUAGGAUGCCAAAAUUAAGCUGCUUGUGUUCUAAUUAUAGGUAUGAACCCAAGGAAGUGUAUGCCGCCUGCAAGCCCCAAAUGCCUCCACCUCACUCUUGUUUAUUUGGUUGAUAGUAUAUAUGAGCAUUGAGGAGAAACAAGCAAAGUCGCUUUGGAGAGUCCAGUUUGGGCCCCUUCCUUACCAUAAGGAAAGUUGGAAAUCAUGGCCCCUUCUUACAUGCCCUGGAGUUAUUUUAUUGCUGACUGCAUGUCACUGCUUUUAAAAGUAGAGGAAAGCACUUAUGUAAAUGUAUACAAACAAGAUUGUUUCUGCAUUGUUAUUUAUUUUCUUAAUCAGCCUUGCACUUCAUUAUACAAAAGUACAUGUAUUUCUUAACUUUUUCAAUUAUGAGCUUUCUUAAGAUCAAACUGUUUUCUAAACUGCGCAAUCCUCUAAUGAAAGUAACUGGAUAAUGCUCAUGGUUGGUCAUCAAUAACGUUCAUGCAGUGGUAUUUCCCAUUUGUUGCAGAACCCUGUAUGGUACUAAGUAAACUUUAGAAAUGCUGUAAAUUCAUGUUUGGACAGCUUUCAAAAACUAAGUUGUCCUUGCAGCAGUGAAUUGCAUGAAUUUGAAAUAAAUUCU